AUGACCGAAGAACUGCAGCUAGGCUCGAUCUCAGAGCGCAUUGCCGCUCUCAAAUUAUCCCAAGCUGCGCAAUCCUCGACAGGCGCAGAGCCGCCGCAUCCAUUCAUCCGCCCAGCCACCGAACGUAGCAGAUCGGCCAAUAUACCCCCCUCCUACGCGGUCACCGGCACUGUCACAAAUGCUCAGACGAUCGGGAAUGAACCCGCCUCCCUGGCGACCCAGAGACCAGCGGUGCCACCGACUCCGUCACCGAGACUGGAGAUCAAGGCCAAAAAACCUCCGCCGCCCCUGCCAACGCGCCGUUCAGGUCGCCCUCCUGCCCCUCCUCUACCGCCGGUAAGGUCUGGGUCGACGGAAUCUUCAACGCAAGGCGAAUCUCGGCCUUCUCUACCACCCCGCCGACCUACACAGCUCUCGCACAAACCUUCGCAGGAUUCCGUCUUGUCCAACACAUCACGGUCAAGCACCGCGACUAGUGUGGUGCGCGGAGCUUCGUCGACAUCUGUAAACUCAGUUGGCCAGAGUCGCAUUAAAGCUCCUGCAUGGGGUGAAACUGAGUUGCCUUCACUGCCUCCGAGACGACCGAGAGAUGACCCGGGUGAAGUCGCCCAAUCCACGCGUCUGGAAUCCAAGUCAAGUAGUGGUGGGGGCUUGACAGGAGGCUUUACUGGCAAACUUUCGGCGCUGAGAGGAAAAAUACCUGGAUCCUCGUCUUCAUCCUCAUCGUCCGCAUCGAAGCCAUCGCGUCCCACCAUCCCCUCUCGACCCUCAGCCAGGGCAACAUCACAGCCUCCUGGCCCUCGACUUCCACCUCGUCGGCCGUCUGAGGCAGAGACUUCACAGGGUCACCCCGACACAGAGGAAUACGCUGACGACGCCAGAACCAAUCUACCGAGCCGACGAUUGCCACCCUCUUCCGACGUGAACAAUCUUGCCGAUGCCCGCACUCUCGGCUUCGGAGGAUUGACGAAGCGUCCCAGUGUCCCUGCGCCGCUGAAUAGCACUCCCACGGCGAACGGGUCCGCCGGCGGCCCUCCGCCUCCUGUGCCCACUGGAUCACGGCCAGAUCUUGCGAAAUUGAAUGCCACCAAGCCACGCUUCCACGGCUCUCUGCCUGGAGCAACCGCUCCCCUGGGCAACCCAAGCACGGAAUGUCUGAUCUGUCAUGACUUUUCCGGGCCCGAUGCUCGGGCUGCGCAAUAUCCGCGGCAAUCGCUGCCCACGCAGGAUAUUGGCUGGCUCGCAAAUGAGCUGACUGCCCCGUUUCCUUCUCUCACUGACAAAGCGCGAGCGAUCUUCACAUGGCUUCACCAUAAUAUUGAGUACGAUGUGGUAGCCUUUUUCAACAACGAUUUACAGCCCUCGACCCCGGCCAGCACAUUUUCCAGUGGCUUGGCUGUGUGCGAGGGCUACGCCACGCUUUUUGCCUUGUUGGCUACCAAAGCGGGGCUCGAAGCCAUUGUCGUGGGUGGACAUGGCAAAGGCUUUGGUCACGAGGAUCUAGCUCCCGGGCAACCGGUCCCUCCGUACAAUCCAUCGGGUCAUGCAUGGAAUGCAGUCAAAAUCGACGGAGGUCAAUGGAAGCUUAUUGACGCGUGUUGGGGAGCGGGAGUAGUUCAAGGGCCUGGACAGCCGUACAUCAAACGCUUCGAACCGCAUAUGUUCACAAUUUCCAACGAGGAAUUCGGCCUGAAGCAUUUCCCGAGCAACAGGGACCACUUUUUUCGGAGCGACGGUCGACAGGUCAGCUGGGAGGAAUAUAUCACCACGAAUCCAGAUUCACCGCAGGGUGGGAAACCGCUUAAAGUUUGGUCUGGUCUCUCGGAACAUAGCAUUGGCCGCAAGACGAUCUUACCCGCUGAAGGAGCCAUUUCAAUAUCGAAUACACCUGGUCCCAUCCGCUUCCAAUUCGGUUUGCUGUGUGAGCACUGGACUUUAGCCCGGCAUAACCGACAGAAACCCGGUCUGUUCUUACUCGAGGUUCAUGGAGUGGAUGGGCGUAAAGAUGAGCGCUUCGUAUUCAACCAUGUCCCCGGCAAUGGUCCCGGUGGGGGUGGUGAGGCGUGGUAUCUUGAUAUCGGAGACGCGCGACAACUCGGCGCCCCGGGUCAGAAAAUCAGUUUAAUAGUCUUGAACACCCUUGGUGAUCGACAUGACUGCCGUGGUCUGACCGCGGAGGAGUACAAGUCACAGGUCGGUCGAGUAGGAAUGUCCUGGUCUGGGCUUGCAGAAUGGACUUUGGAGCGGUGA